ACCUUGUGCUCUCAGUCAUACAGUCAUACUCUGCUAACCGAGCAGCUGAGCGAGCUUUCGUUGCUUCCCCACCCGAGCUCUCUCUUCGCCCUCCUCCUCUCCCCAAUCCCCAUCCGCCGCAACCCCCACAGAUUCGCGUGAUUCGUGUUCUUCGCGUGCGGCGCGCCUAAUCAUCUCGUGGGGAGCAGCAAAGGCCAAAAAAAAGGUUGGAUGGGCACGCCGCUUUUCUUCCCCUCAUUCGUCCCAAAUUCAUUUCUUUAGUCAAAAAGAUUCUCCUCUUUCCUUCAAUCUUUCUCCCCACCCUCCAAUCUUCUAGUUUCUCCUUCAAUUCUUCCUCCCCCAGGUCGGCAUAGCAUCUGCAUUCUUGCAGGCACGGUCCCGAACGCCCAGAUUGCUCGCGGGAUCGAUAUCUUGUAGCCGCCAAGAAUCGCGGCGAAGUGACCAAUCCGGUGCAAGGGAGAUUCUUGGAAGGAAUCCCCCUCCUUCUGGAGCACAACAUUUUGGAGGAGGCCAAGAUUUCUUGAGCGCCGGUGGGCGUGGCCGAGGAUGAUUCAGCUGCUGUUCCUGGUGCUGUUCGCGGAGGGCGCGGCGGCGCUGCUGCUGAUGGUGAAGAUCGGGCCGCUGCGGGAGCUGGCGAUGCGCGGCGUGGAGCAGGCCAAGGACGGUAAAGGCCCCGCGGCGGUGAAGACGCUGGCGUGCACGCUGCUCGUCAUCUUCAUGUCCAGCGUCGCCAGCAUCCUCCGGAUCCAGAACCGCGGCAUCAAGCUCGGCACCGUCAGCCCCAUGGACCAGGUGCUAUGGCGGACGCACCUCCUCGAGGCUUCCCUCAUUGGGUACAUACUAUUCCUUGCAUUUGUCAUUGAUCGGUUACACCACUACCACCGGAAGCUGACUAUACUGAAGAAAACCGCAAACACCUCCAGGGAGGAGGUUGAGAAACUACAAAUUGAGCUCCAAGGCAAGGAAGAUAAAUCCAAGGAAGUCAAGAAGCUUCGUGCGGAAUUAGCCAGCCUUAGUGAAAAGAUGAAGAAGCUAAAAUCAGAAUCGGAGGAGCAUGAAAGGCAGAGAUUGGAGGCCGAAGCACAUGUCAAUGCCCUACAGAAGCAAUCUGAGGAGCUCCUGCUUGAAUAUGACCGGUUAUUGGAAGAUAACCAGAUAUUACAGACACAGGUUCUUUCUCUCAGAAGCUGAGUCUGCAAAUGUACAACUUGUGUGAUGGCCAUACUCUUACAAAAGGGGGAUUGGAUUGCUAUGAUUUUAUUUACUAGCUCAGAUCUCUGUAAGAUAUCAUUUGUCAUGUCUUUGUUGCUCCAUGUUCUUUUUGUGACAGCUUAACCAGGCGAGUACGAUUCGGUUUUGGGUGAUACAGAGGGAGGCAAAAUUGGUAACUUGAAUAGAAUGCAGAGCAUCAGAAGCUCUCUAAUUCAAGGCAUUUUUAUAGAGGUGAUUGAUUAUCCAA